CUCUUCUCUGUUUUGCUGCGUUAUUGCAGCCAUGGCGAGUCUGGUUUAGGGUUUCAGGCCCUCCACGUUCCCCAGCCCCGCACCGUGAGUCCUGCACCCAGCCAUGGUGAAGGCGUAUCUCCGCUACGAGGAAGGUGCCGCCUUCGGGCUGGUUGCCUCGGGUGAGGCGCGCGUCUGCUUCGACAACUCCGGCAAAUUGUUGCUGGCGGGCGCGUUGGAGCAGUUUCUGGUGUGGAAUGUGAAGCAGGGGCGGUGCGUCAACCUGCUCGUGCCUUCUGCGGGAGCGCGGCCUCUCGUGACCGCUAUCGCGACCGCGCCUUCGUCUGCUUCUCUGGUGGCGGUGGGAUACAAGGAUGGCACGAUUCGGGUGUGGGAUAUUGUCAAGGGCACUUGCGAGAUGGUGCUUACCGGGCACAAAGGUGCGGUCACCGCUUUGGCCUACAACAAGACGGGGUCUCUGUUGGCGUCCGGAAGCACGGACACGGACAUCAUCGUGUGGGAUGCUGUGGCGGAGACUGGGCUGUACCGUCUGAAGGGGCACCGUGACCAGGUGACGGAUUUGGUGUUUCUGGAGAGGAGUAAGAAGCUGGUGAGCGGGUGCAAGGACACCCACGUUCGCGUGUGGGACUUGGAUACUCAGAGCUGCGUGCAAAGGAUAGUGAGUCAUCGGAGCGCGGUGUGGGCGUUGGAUGUGGAUCCAUCGGAACGUUUUGUGGUCACCGGAUCGGCAGAUGCAGAAAUUCGGGUGUUUGGUGUGGUUAACGACGAGGGAGCGCAGAAGGAGGUGCAUGCCGUGGUGGAAGACAUGGAGCACGCAGAUGAUUCGAACGAUGGGAGUAAAGUGGGUCCGAGGAGCAAGUGGGACAUUUUGGUUCCGAUGGGAAGCAUUGCUCGUCAGAGCGCGGAUCGGGUGUCAACCCUGAAGUUUAAUCCGAGCGGUACGCUGCUAGGGUGUCAGGUGGCCGGGAAGUCGAUAGAAAUAUUCCGGGUUCUGGGCGAGUCUGAAGCUGCGAAGAAGGCUAAGCGACGGGAGAAGCGUCGUCGGGAGAAAGCCGCGAAGGCUGGGAAAGGAGAAGCAACGGAUGGGCAAGGGUUCGGUGGCGAGGGCGAGCAGGAGGGGAAUGCGUCGAGCAUGGCAGGGAACAUAUCAGCUGCAGACGAGUUCCAGCGACUGCAACUAGUGAGACUGAAGCAGAAGAUCACAUCGUUUUCGUUUUGUCCUGCGGAGGCGAAGAAAGGGACGUUAGGAACGAUCGGGAUAGCGGUGUAUAACAACAGCUUGGAGGUGCAGGAGCUGCAGGAGGAGUCGAGUUCGCGGGUGCAUUCGAUCGAACUUCCAGGGCAUCGGUCGGACGUUCGAAUGGCAGCGCUGAGUUCAGACAGCACGACCCUGAUGACGGCAAGUCACAAUGCGGUGAAGAUCUGGAAUCCUAGAUCGGGUGUGUGUCUUCGGACUGUGGAGUCCGGGUAUGGGCUGUGCGGAGCUGUGGUGCCUGGAAAUCGACAGGCAAUUCUGGGUACGAAGGCUGGAGGGAUCGAGAUUUUCGACAUAGCUGGCGCGGAACGCACGCAAGUGUUAGAAGCCCAUUCAGGUGCUGUGUGGAGCCUGGCACCGAUGCCGGAUGGUUCAGGAUUCGUGAGCGGAAGUGCGGACAAGAACGUGAAGUUCUGGGACUACGAGCUUGUGCAAGGGGAUGAUAAGGUGGGAAGCAAGCAGCUGAGCAUACGCAACACUCGCACAUUGCAAAUGGCAGAUGACGUACUGUGCGUGCGGCUGAGUCCUGAUGCUAGAUAUAUUGCGGUGGCGCUUCUUGAUUCCACGAUAAAGAUAUUCUUCACGGACACGCUGAAGUUCUUUGUUUCACUGUACGGGCACAAGCUACCAGUGCUGUCAAUGGACAUAUCUUCAGAUGGAGCACUGCUUGCGAGUGGGUCAGGCGACAAGAAUGUGAAGAUAUGGGGGAUGGACUUCGGUGAUUGCCGGAAGUCUCUGUUUGCACAUGGUGACAGUGUGACGGCAGUUCAGUUCGUGCCAAAGACGCACUACAUGUUCAGUGCCGGAAAGGAUGGAGUUGUGAAGUACUGGGAUGCGGACAAGUUUGAACUGCUGCUGACGUUAGAAGGGCAUCAUGCGGCAGCAUGGUGCCUUGCUGUGAGUCCGCACGGCGACUUCUUGGUGACUGGAUCUCAGGACCGUUCGAUUCGGCGGUUGGACCGCACGGAGGAGCCGUUCUUUAUCGAGGAGGAAAGAGAGAAGAGGCUGGAAACGAUGUUCGAGGCAACCGACAACACACGAGACGAUGGAGUUGAUCAGGGCGUAGAAGUGGGGAGCAAACGUACUCAGGAAACGCUGUCUGCCGCUGAUAGUAUCAUCGAAGCAGUGGAUAUGGCGGACUCGGAAAUCGAACGACUGCGCGUUCACAAGAAGUCGACGAAUGGGAAAGAGGAUGGAUUUCAAGCCAACGUGUUGAUGUUGGGGCUGUCUCCGUCAGACUACGUUCUGCGGUCUAUCUCGAGCGUUCGACCGAGCGAUCUGGAACAAGCACUUCUGUCGCUGCCAUUCAACGAUGCUUUGAAGUUGCUGAGCUACACCCAAGGAUGGAUUGCUUCGGGCUCUCAGGUGGAGCUUGCGUGCCGGGUGGUAGUGAUGCUGGUUAGAAUCCACCAUUCACAGCUGACUGCGACUUCGUCGGCCCGCGCCACUUUAACCGGGCUUCAUCCUGUGAUACAUGGUGGAGUACAGAAAUUGAAGGAUGUCCUGGGAUACAAUUCAGCUGGAAUGGCGCUUGUACAGAGCAUGCUUGCAAUGCGGUCAGAUGCAAUGUUCCAGGAUGCGGGGCAAAAGGUGCUGGAUAUUAGGAAGAAGUUAGCAGAGAGGAGAGAAGAGAGUAGACCGAGGAAACGACAGAAGAAACCUAAUCAAGCUGCAAAGCAGUGAAAUGGGGUUGUUUUGGCCUCUUUUUGAGCCAGGAUGAGAUUUUCAGUAAAUUUUAGGUGGUUGUGAAAUGAAUGGAAUUUAGUUUGUAGUUGCUUUUGCCGGUUAAUCGACAGAGCUACGUCUUGUUAAUUUGAAUUACUCUCCUGGUUACUUAAGUUGCA